ACCGAGCCGUCAGGAGGGGCGGCGGCCGCAGCGGCUCCCGAGGACCCACGAUCUUUGCAAUGAGUUACCCUGGCUAUCCUCCAGUGGGUGGAUAUCCACCAGCAGCCCCAGGUAGCAGUCCUUGGGGUGGUGCUGCCUAUCCACCUUCAAAUCCGCCUCCAAUUGGUCUAGAAAAUGUGGCUGGCUAUGCCAAUCAGUUCAAUCCCAACCACAUGGCCGGAAUGGCAUCCAGCCUGGCAGGGACCUUUGGAGGGACAAACGUACCACAAGGCAUAUAUCCUUCAACACCUGGGGGUUAUCCCCCAGUCCCUCCAGGUGGCUUUGGGCAACCUCCAUCAGGACAACAGCCCUCUUACGGAGGGUAUCCUCCAUCUGGAGGAAAUCCACCAUUAGGAAUGCCAGCUUACCCAGGAUACCCAGGUGGCACUGUGCCAGGCCAGCCCACACCACCGCCUGGUCAGCAGCCUAUGAGCUAUCCAGGACAACCACCAGCAACUUACCCAGGGCAGCAGCCCAUGCCAAAUUAUCCACCAGGCCCGGCUGUGAAUCCUUCUAUGCCCUCUUAUCCAGGAACUACAGGGCCUACGGUCUCUCCUGUAACACAUGGAAACCGAGGCACGGUCACCGAUGCACCAGGAUUUGACCCUCUGAAGGAUGCAGAAGUCUUAAGGAAGGCCAUGAAGGGAUUUGGAACUGAUGAGCAGGCUAUUAUCGAUUGUCUUGGAAGUCGUUCAAACAAGCAACGGCAGCAGAUCAUCCUGUCCUUCAAAACAGCUUAUGGAAAGGAUUUGAUCAAGGAUCUCAAGUCUGAGCUAUCAGGUAACUUUGAGAGGACAAUCUUAGCAAUGAUGAAGACACCUGUCAUGUUUGAUGCUUAUGAAAUCAAGGAAGCUAUAAAGGGCGUUGGCACAGAUGAAAAUUGUCUCAUUGAAAUCUUAGCUUCUCGCAGUAAUGAGCAUAUUCAGGAACUCAGCAGGGUCUAUAAAGCAGAAUUUAAGAAAACUCUGGAGGAAGCAAUAAAAAGUGACACGUCUGGACACUUUCAGAGGCUUUUAAUUUCACUCUCUCAGGGAAACAGAGAUGCAAGUACAACUGUUGACAUGUCUCUUGUCCAAAAAGAUGUGCAGGAGCUAUAUGCAGCUGGAGAGAACCGUCUAGGAACUGAUGAAUCCAAAUUUAAUGCCAUUCUGUGCGCAAGAAGCAGAGCCCACCUCAGAGCAGUCUUCAGCGAGUACCAGAGGAUGUGUAACCGGGACAUUGAAAAAAGCAUAUGUCGUGAAAUGUCUGGAGACCUGGAAAAGGGCAUGCUGGCAGUAGUUAAGUGUCUCAAGAACACGCCGGCUUUUUUUGCAGAGAGAUUACACAACGCUAUGAAGGGAGCGGGAACAAAAGACAGAACUCUGAUUCGAAUCAUGGUAUCACGCAGCGAGGUUGACCUGCUGGACAUACGUGCAGAAUACAAGCGGAUGUAUGGCAGAUCCCUCUACACAGAUAUCACUGGUGAUACUUCAGGAGACUACCGGAAAAUCCUACUCAAGUUGUGUGGUGGAAAUGACUAAAUGGAGCAUUGAGCUUUUCUUAAAAAAGCUACUAUUUUCAUGUGUUUGCUUUAAAGCAUCUUUUUUUCUCCAAAACUAAAUAUGUAAUGACCUGUUUCUCCUAAAGCAAUUACAUUUUAAAAGAUAAUAUUGUAUAUAUCUUCAGUUCAAAAAUAGUAGGUAAUAAAUCCCCCCCCAAAAUAAAUAUCGAGCUUAUGUACCAUCUGCUCAGGAUUCUGUAUACUCCUCUCAGCAAUCCAUGAGUGACAGGUCAUUCUUUCUUUUCUGCUUAUAUUAUGCUGAAAUAAUAUGUUUGUUUUAUGGAACAAAAAUCACAGUGGUGUGAUUUAAGGUUUUAUUUUGUAUAAACAUUAUGUGCCAUUUUCAUGCAAGUUUUAUAUAUAUUGUGUGCAGAGUUGCUUUCAUGCUAGCCUGCUCCCUGAUAUGUGGAGAGAACAGCCUUGAGUUUUUGUGUCUAGUUAAGACUGUUUUAAAGAAGUUUUGUGAAGUUCUGUUUUCUUUCCUUGAUCGUUUUUAGGGAAGAUGUGUUCCACAUUUCAUUGUCACUAGGGCAACUGUCACAAGGCAGUAAUAUCGUUGAUAGUAGUAAAGAUUCUAUGGUUAAUGUUUUAAGGUUUUGGAUUGUGCCUUAAAUAUAUGUAUGUAAGAAGAGAUUAUGAAAUUAAAGCUAUCUUCUAACUCUUUGCA